AAUCAAUGAUGACGGGUAAUCACAAAUUCGCGGAGAAUUGAAAAAACUUGGUUAAAAAUCAAAAGCUUAUUUGACGAUACUACUUUGAUAUCCCUAAGGCAGAAAUAUACUAUUUCUAUUUCAAAGAGUCAGCCUCCAUUCGCCAGGUAUUCGUAGGAGUCUAUAAAUCAUGUCCGACUCAGAGUCUGAAGAACCAGCAGAGUUCCGCAAUUUUUUUACGAUGGAUAACUUCAAUCUGCGACACGUAUUUUAUUGUGGUCUUUUAGAAAUCAUGUUUUUUUUCAAUCCAGCUUCUUUCAAAAAGAAUCCAUACAAACUACUCUUGAUGUUGCACAAUUCCUCCUCUGCACUCUACGAAAAAUUUGUUCUCAACACGAUCCUAUUGAGACAAAUGUCCAAGGAAUCUCCGAAUUUCCGAUUGAUUCGGCAGAAAUUGCGAGAUCAUUUGCGUUACACGCAAGUGUAUGGACUGUGCAUUGAUAUCCAGUUUCACUUGGAUCACUGCCAAACAUGCACACAACUGCUUGUCAUGGAUCUUGCAGAUUACUGCCCCGGGAUGAAUGUCAGUGACGAACUGCACGGCCAAUACUUGGAGUCAUUCCGAAUCAUGUUGAGCGAAUCAAAAAAGUUUGCCGUUCUAUUUCCAAAAUUCGUUACACCGAAGAGCAAGCAAAUGUAUGGUCGUUUAUGGAAUAAUGUCUUGGAGCACAGAUACCAGGGCCCCCCAUUCCCAGUGAAGGAGCAAAUUGACUGGAAAACCAGUGCUUCUAUUAAACUCAAUGAUGAUGAGGAGCUAUCUGUAUUUGCGCAGGACAUUUCCGAGACAAUACAGGAAUAUUUUUCUCAUGAGUCUUCCAAGCAGGACAGUGUCAAACAGAAAGGCUCACAGGGGAAGAAAAAUAAGAUUACUGACAAACGAACUGUCGUUGAGAGGGCAACAGAAGAGCCGGGUCCAUCUGGAGUGAACAAAAAAAUGGACCGAUCGAGUGAGACAGAUUUAAAGAGACAUGAUAAAAAUUUGAAAGAAGCCAACAAGCGAGGCUCAAGGCAGCUGCUAUCAGACAGUGACUCAGAAAAUUCCGAGAUGUACCCCGCAACUAGCACCAGAACUGAUAAACUUUCAAUAUCUCCAAUCUCCGACGACAGCAACUCUUCAGAUUCUGGGAAACAAGAGAGGAAAAAAAGAAAAUUGUUACCGGCAAAAACAACCAGCCGCACAAGGAAACGUAAAUUAUCAUCAGAAUCCACUGAAAAUAGCGAUGAAGAUAUAAAAACAGACAAGAAGUACUCGAGACCAACUACUGAUUCAGGCGAUACCAAGGGGACUGAAGACCCAACGAUCAAAACUACAGACUGCGAAGUGAGAUUGGAGGCGAACACACCAGAAGUACUUCCACCUCUACGGCUGAAAAGCAGGAAAAGUUAACUGACAACAAAAAUGUGGACAUUGACGGACAAUUUCCUUCAACACCUCAGGAACGGGAAGAUGAGAGAAACAUGCCAGUGGAGUUACAAAAGGUACUUCCAGAAGCUGACAUAUUUCCGGAUCAGAAUGAGCUCGAUGAAAACGUUGACGGGAAUGACUCGAGCCGUUCACCUUCAAAGGACAAGUCUGCACUCCCUGACGACAGCAACUCCACAGAUUCUGCGGUUGAAACGUUGCCGCUUGGAAAGAGAAACUUCAAGGGUCCAAAGGUGUCAAGUGUGGUUAAAGUGGAUGGGAAUCAGAAGUACACCAUUUUCAAAAAACAACAGACUUUAGUGGAACAACGUCCUCCAUCGCCUCGAGACGAUACUAACAUGCCUCCCGCAAGUUACGGUGAAGUUGCACAGCCGGCAGGAGAAGAAUCACCUGGAGGAAAAAUGGAAAUUGACGAUGAGCGCCAGAAGGACGAAGACCCCGACGAGACUAACGUAACGCUUUCACCUACAGUUGACAAGUCUUCGGUUUCAGACAAGUCCGCAGAUUCAGAGGAUGAAAAUCAACUCAUCAACUUUCAAUUUGUAAAGACAUCACACACGCCCCUGGUUUCUUCAGCUGAACUUGAGAAGUUUGAUGAUCAAUUCCUUGUCGGAGACACAUCUCGAAGUACAGACUCGUCAGAUUCUUCGUCCGGGUCAGAAUCGUCAGAAGAUUCUGAUGAAGAAUCAUCAGGGUCAUCGAAAUGCGCAUUUUACGGUGAUUAUGGAGAUGAGGUCAACCGUGACGCAAAAGAGACACAGCGUUCCACUACCACCAAUGAAUCUCCGGGUGGUGAUUCCGUUGCACAAGCAGAGGACGAAGAGACCUCUCAGAAGGAUUUAAAUGUCACCGCCCCCGGCCGCAUCAAAACUUCGAUGAUGACAUCAUCUCCGGAAGCCGGGCCGAGCAACAUGGCCUCGAGUUUAAGAUCCCCGAAAAUUGAUGCGGCCGGCAUACACACGUCCUUCGUGUCAGCGAGUGACAGCUCUGUGGACGAAAACGAGCCAACGAUAUCACUUGCAAAGCUGGAAUUGAUGGCAAAACGCAUGCAAGGUAACGCAUCAUCGUCGCAAACACACGAUGAAAGGGACACCGAUGAAGAGCAAGAGAGGACCACACGUCAUGGAGGCGAUAACAACAGACGAACAGUAAGCCCUGAGGGCAGGGGUAACACUCCACCCCCUCAGGACCAGAAUUGGAGCAAAGAAGAGGUGAAUGCCUUCGUAACAUCGAACUUUGGCACAUUACGAGAUCGAUUGAACAGCGAGGAAGAGUAUGAAAUUGAAGAAUUGAUGGCGUGCGGUCAGAACAAACAAAGAAGGAGGAUAUGGCUUGUAAAGUGGGUGGGAUGGGACGGUCUAACAUGGGAGAAAGCCGAUAACAUCUCUCUCGCUCUCAGAAAACAAUGGAUAAACGAGAAUCCAAAUGCACCCGUGAUGAAAAUUACAGAGCAGGAAAUAGAAGCCCGGAAGAAGGCAUGUAAAAAGAGAUGAAAACAGAGAUGAAAGAAUGAGGUCCUCCGCAGAAUGAAAAAAAAAAGAUUUACGACUCUUUUUUUGUGCAGUUUACGUAUUUUUUGUGAGAAAUAAUAAAAGAAAACAAUUUGUUGUGGUUAAAA